CCGAGGAGUUCAAUGCUCUUAUAAAAAAUGGAACUUGGACUCUUGUUCCACGCACAGGAAGGGAAAACAUUAUGGGUUGCAAGUGGAUCUUUCGUAUUAAACGCUUACCUAACGGUAACAUUGACAGGUACAAAGCGAGGCUUGUUGCCAAGGGUUUUCAUCAACGCCCCGGGGUGGAUUAUACGGGGACUUUUAGUCCGGUUAUUAAACCAACCACCAUCCGAUUGGUUCUAUCUUUGGCUGUCAUUCGAGGGUGGACACUACGACAAAUUGAUGUUAACAAUGCUUUUUUGCAGAGUCAUCUUUAUGAUGAUGUUUUCAUGCUUCAACCUCCAGGUUUUGUUGAUCCAAACAAACCUAAUCAUAUAUGUCGUCUUCGCAAAGCUUUGUAUGGGCUCAAGAAGACACCUCGGGCGUGGUAUCAAGAACUCAAGCAUUUUUUGCUUGAUCUGGGAUUUCUUAACUCCAAGCUCCCCGGAUUUCAUUGAAUCACUAAUUAAGAGCCUUGGCCAACGUUUUUCCCUAAAAGAUCUUGGCAAGCUCUCUUAUUUUCUUGGCAUUGAAGUUAUAGCACAUCCGGAUGGUAUUCUUCUUUCUCCGCAAUGUUAUAUUAUGGACUUAUUAUAU